CGGCGGCUCCGGCCCGGCGGUUCCCGGGAGUCGCUGAGGCUUCGGGCGGGGCGGGCGGGUGUGAUGUGGUGACGGGGCAUCGUCACUGAACCACCGGCCUCAGCCCCAGCCCGGACCCUGCGCUGCCGCCGCCGCCGCCGCCCCCGACACUGGUCCACCCGCCGGAAGUGGCCCGCCGCCGCCAGCGAGUGCACUUCCGGUGCCGACUCCAGGCUCAAACUGGAGGAUGAAGAGAAGGAAGGAAGUUUUCUAACCUCCACAUCUAUCAUCGUAAACUUGGGUAGCCCUGUGCGACAACAUCACUUGAGGUAAAUUAACAACUUCCUGGAUAUCUGAGUGGAUUGUAACGGGCAACCAAGACAAAGUUUAUGUCGUUUUAUGCACACUGGUAUAUUGUGCAUCUACGUGCCUGAAAAUGCAAUCAAUCAAUGAGAAAAGCUUUGCCUGGAUGUAGGAUGUGAUUUGAGCAGAACAAAAUGGCAAAACGGAAGACGGGGUGUGACAUCAUGGCAGCUGGAAAGAAUAUGAAAUAUGAUUCUCUGGUGCUUUUGUGUGAAUGGGGGUCGUGUGGAUUUACUGCAUCUGGAAUGGAAGAUUUCAGCAAUCACAUCGCGGGGCAUUUGAAGGAGCAUUUAAAGGAGCAAAUCCAAGGAGACGAGAGUGAUAAUGAGCCACAAGAGGAGCAUCAGUGCCUGUGGGCCGACUGUGGGUUCUACUCGGUGGAGAGUUCAACAGACGUGAUCCGACAUGUAUAUUUUCACGCCUACCACACAAAGCUUAAAUACUGGGGUCUGCAGACCCUCCAGGCUCAGACUGAACUUGAGCAUUGUUUAUUGGAUCGGCAGAGCCGUAAUAUCAUUCCAGAAAUUCCAGAGAGUUUUAUUUGCCUCUGGGGGCACUGUGACAGCACUUUUGAGAAUCCAGAAUGGUUCUACAGGCACGUGGACAUGCAUGGAAUGUGUUCAGAUCGUGAUGCAACCACAGACACUAAUAUUAUAAUUCCGUGCUGUUGGAAAGAUUGUGAGGCAACAUUCAAGGUAAAGUUUAAGUUACGGGAACAUUUGCGAAGUCACACUCAGGAGAAAGUGGUGGCAUGCCCGACUUGUGGGGGAAUGUUUGCCAGCAACACCAAAUUCUUUGAUCACAUCCGCAGGCAGACAGCCACGGAAUAUCAACGCUUCCAGUGCUCCCACUGCUCUAAAAGAUUCGCCACUGAAAGGCUACUCAGGGAUCACAUGCGGCAUCAUGUGAAUUAUUACAAGUGCCCAUUUUGCGAUAUGACCUGCCCAGCACCGUCUGCCUUGCGGAACCAUAUCAAGUUCCGCCAUAGUGACGAAAAGCCAUUCAGAUGUGAAUACUGUGAAUACAGCUGCAAGAACUUGGUUGAUCUAAGAAGACAUUUGGACACCCACAGUGAAGACCCGACCUAUCGGUGUGAGUUUGCGGGUUGUACAUUCAGCGCACGAUCCCAAUAUUCUAUCAAGUCCCACUACAGGAAAGUACAUGAGGGGGAUAUGGAACCCAGAUACAAAUGUCACGUGUGUGACAAAUGUUUCACCAGAGGUAACAAUCUGACCGUGCACCUCAGGAAGAAACAUCAGUUUAAGUGGCCUUCAGGUCAUCCCCGUUUCAGAUACAAAGAGCAUGAAGAUGGCUACAUGCGACUACAGCUAGUACGUUAUGAGAGUGUUGAACUGACUGAACAGCUAAUGAAAGAGCGGGAGAAGCAGGAUGGUCGCUUAGAGAGCAUAUCGGAGAGUUUGGUCUUGUCAGAAGCGAACCUACGAGGGAUUAUACUGGAGCCAGUGGAAGAAUCAAACAGCGAGGACCAGGGGGUAGACAAGCAGAGCGCCGACUCUCUGAACUGUUGUACGAAUGAAUGUAGGGAACGCUGCAGUUACAGUGAUGGUGCUGACCUGGAGCAUCUCCGGCAGUCGCCACUGGGCUCCUGUGACUCCAGUAAAAGUCCCAUCAUCCGGGUGGUCAACCGGACUAACGAACAUGGGGAGAAUGAGACAGUUUACUACGUUCUGACCAAUGCACCACAUAACACAGGGAGCACAGGCCCAAUCAGUGAGGACACUAAUAUGGAGACUGAAGGACCCUCCACUGACAACAUUGAAAAGACUGCGGAAGAAUUGGGCAUUGAAAUAAUUGGCUAGUACUAAUUAACCAAAUUCAUUGCUGGUGUGUUUGUUUGAUAUUUUGUAUAUUUGCUUUAACUUUGAGUCACAGCCUCUGUGAUGCAAUGUUGACUGGUUUGCCAAUAUUGGCUAUAUUUAUAGACGUGUUUAUUUUUACUGUAGCCCCUCUGUAUGAGUUUCAUUAUGUUGCAUAUCUCGCAUUGCCAGGAGCAAUACAGUCCCUGCUUUCAAUUAUGCUACAAUCAUUAGAUCGAAGAAAUUUAUUCAAACAGAUUUUGACUGAUGUACAGUGUCAAUACAACAAAUAGUUUUAAUCAGCAAUAUGAUUUUUAUUGUGUAAAAGUCUAAUGGUAUUAAUUGAUUUUUGUAAACUGCACUUUUUACUUUGGUCCUGCAGUUCCUUAGUUGCAGGCAGUUAGUUCUAAAACGACUCAUUGUUAACCCAGGUGUAGACAUUCUUCUGGGAAAUGUUCCCGUCCUUGCCUUUGUGCCCCUUAUUGUUUCACACAAAGAAAUAGCACCACAUGGGUUUCAAAAUGGAUUCAUUUGGCCACUGACUCUGCUCUUCAUAAAGUGGGUUCCAUUUACUCUGCCUUGCUACUGCUUCACGGUCAGAACAAUAAGGACCAGAAAGGUUGUACAAAAGUGGCAGUAUUGUACUGCUGAUUUUUAUGGAGCACUCCUUCAUCACCCCCACCUUUAAUUCUCUGAAUUUUUCCCCUUCUUCCCCACAUACCUAUUCUUCUUGUUAGGGAAAAUCUCUCUUAACCCAUUGCCUAUGUAUAGUAACCCUCUGGCGAUAGAUUAUUGUCUUUAAUUGCAGUUCUGCAACCUAUCAUUUUUUAAAGUUAAAUGUAUCUUUACUAUGUACUGCAACCACCCAAGAACAAAAGGAAUCAAAUCCACCGAAGAAAACUUAAAAAGACACCAAAUUUAAGAUAUCAA